AUGAUAUACAGGCAGAGAAAAAUAAGUUCCACGAUUCGAUGCAUUCAAGGCUUCACGACAUGGAAGGUCGAAGUGGACGGUGUUCAGAGAGAAUUCUGGACCACUCAGCAGUAUUAUAUGUCGAAGGAAUUAUUGGAAUUGAGCAGCGAAGAACGCGUCGCAUCGUAUGACUCAAGCAAACUGGUACAAGGAGACGCAUUCUGGGUAUCCGGAUUAUACGGAAAGUUACGCAAUAUUUCCAUGACCGACACGGGAAUGCUGAAGGAAGGAUUCGUUCUAAAUAACUGUAUUGAUAGAAUGGGCCACCAUUACUAUUACAACAUGACUAAGCAGCUACCCUGCACAUCCGAAAUGAUAUUCCCCUGGUCUCCGUUGGUGAUGAAUAAUACAGUGAUCGGAGUCGCCUUGAACCUCCUUGUAAGAAGAGAAGAAGAUAGCAGUGGGAUCAAUUACUUUGAAAAAAACAUUGAAGCUGGGAUAAGGUUGACUGUGACCACGGGCCCAGAGUGUUUGUUCGCCGCAGCUGAUGACCCUGGAAUCGUCACUUUGCACGUUUACUUUAUACCUGACGCCUAUCUGAUUACCUGCCCAUAGUGGUAUGCUAACUGUACCUACAUCUGUUAUCAAUUUGUUUGCCAAUAAAGGUUCAAUAUUGAUAUUGAUUUAUUUCUUGAGUCAUUAUAUGUUUGAUGCUAUACUACGGUAAACGUUCAAUAAUGCAAUAAAUAAGUCAUAUAAUAAUUGCGUGUCGAUAUCA